GUGUCCCCUGCAGCGAUCCCGGCCAUCUCCUCCGGCCGAUGCCGGCAUCUGGCUUCCGUGUUCCGUCCCUGUGACCCUGUGACGUCGGGAUGUACGGGCGCCGGAACCGGCGGCAAAUUUGAAAUUUUUAAAAAAAAUGUCUUUUUUUUUUUAAUUGCUGUUUCAAUGCAUUUCACAUACAUUUUUCGUCCCUACUGCUUUGUCCUGUGCCCUGCCUGCAUUUUGACUGUUCUUUCUGCCUGGAAACUUAGAAAAGUCCAUGGCGUCCAAAAAGCGUCCCUUUACAUCAAAAGCGGUUUUAGACUAGCUAGAGAACAGCGAUAGUAAAACAGAACCACUUGCAGAAUUGA